GACGUGAACAUUUCCUAUCCCUGACUGUAGAGGAGCUGGAUCCUUCCAUCGUAUUAAUAGGACAAGAAUCUAUAGAAUCCUAUGCGUGACUGUGAAUCGGAGAGACUGCAGCGAGGAUGGCUGGAGCAUCACACUACAUAAUCCAUGACGAGAAUUCGUCUGACUCUGAUGUCUGCUGGUUGGGUCCUGAAGACUUGGGUCAUCUGUCUGAUUAUAAAAGAGAAGAUGUGUGGGAUGUCUAUUCUCAUGAGAGGUCUUUCAAAAGAACAUUCAGUUCAGAUGAAGAUGUAAGCUGCAUAGAUCUGUACGAAGACGUUACAUCCAUCAACCACCAAUCAAAUUUACAAACCAAAUCCAACCUCAGACAUAUGGUUAGCAAACGUGGGAGAAGAGCUUACAAGCCUCGUGAACGAAUACAAAGUUCUGAUAGGUCUUCCCCUGAAAAGUCAAUUGCGAGAGAAAGAAGCACCAUUGAUUCUGCUGGGAACAUUACAUUAAUGACAGAGACCAUCUACAAAUGCAAUAACUGUGAUAAAACGUUCUUCACCCGAUCAGGGUAUCGGAAACAUCAGAGGAACCACUCAGAGGACAGUAGUCUUACCUGUAGUGAGUGUGGGGAGAUUUUCAAAGACUUGACAACAUACAGUCUCCAUAAAGAAGCUCAUGAGGAAAGAAAACCAUGGUCUUGUACAGUAUGUCACAAAUGUUUUCGGCUUCAGUCCCACCUGAACAAACAUGAAAGAACCCACACGGAAGAAAGACCCUACACGUGUAACAUAUGUGGAAAUUGCUUUGGUCAAAGUUCCAACCUUACUACUCAUAUGAAGACCCACGUGGGAGAAAAGUCAUAUGCAUGCAGUGAGUGUGGGAAGUCUUUCGCUCGUAACUUUGAGCUGGAGGCCCACAUGAUAGUGCACUCUCAAGAGGUCUUAGCUUUCUCAGAAUAUAAGAAAGGUUUCCAAAGAAGCUUCCACCAGAGGGAGGUAGAGAGAUAUACCUGUUCCGAGUGCAACAAGUGUUUCAGCAGCAAUUCUGAUCUGAUUUUGCACCAGAGAGAUCAUACUGGAGAUAAACCUUACUCCUGUGUUAUAUGUGGGGAAAAGUUCUGCAGUGCGCCAAGUUGUUUGAGACGCAAGAAGACGCAGUCUGGGGGCAAGACUUUUCUAUGCGGUGGCUGUGGGAGAAACUUUAGCAACAGGGACAGUUACACAAGUCACUCAUGUGUUCUCAUAAAUUAAUGUCUUCUGUUGGUGACCAAUUUCAUUCAAAAUGUCUCCACUUAUUGACCUUGUUGGGGGUAACGUAAUUUUGCACUGAUAUACAGUAGAAUUACAAAUUGAUCAUAAAAAACUCUCAACGCGGUGCAAAUCUCAACCCUAACGUGUCCAUACACAUAAAACUAAAGUCGAAAAUGCAGAAUAACAACCCUAACAAAUGUAUGUCAGGUGUAUGUCUCUAGUAGUAGACUCUCUUUGGGUCACCAAUGAACGAUCACGCCAUGAAAGAUUACUUGUCCUUCAAAAACAAGCAUCUGGUAAUACAUCAGAUAACUCAUCUGGUGUAAUUGAACAAAUGUAACGCUGUGUCUCCUGACCAACUGUUCACAAGACGUAUGUUCAUUCAAUGGUUGUUCAACUAACUUCUAUCCAAUGUGUAUGGCCACCUUUAAUCGUCAAGGCUCUUUCCAAAGAGAGGUACAUCGCAGUAUGGAGAGAGGAGGAUGAAUUUUACACAACUUGAAACUUCAUACAAAUCCAAGCUCCUCCAAUUUUUAUAAGUUUUUGAAAUAAUGAGAUGGUUUUAGCAUGCAUAAUGUUUACCAUUUGUUAUUUUUAGGUUCUGUGACACAUGAUAACACAAUCAAGGCUUCUUGGCAGAUGGAGUUAUCCAACAGGCUGGUCAGUUAGCCUUAUAAUAGACAAUAUUAUAAUAGGGACAACUUAUAUGACAUUGAGUUCAGUGUUGUAUCGUCAACAUUGAUAAACUUCUUGUGGUAUUGUAGGACUAAAGUUCACAGCCAGAUAGGGUUCUAGAACAUAGUAGUUUAGAACUUAGUACUAGACAACAGCCCAACCAUCCUAACCAAAUAAGGUCAACCUCCACCACUCAAGAACCAAAAUAAGACUUUUUAUGGGGUAAACCAUUUUUUUCUACCCUUUACUGCACAUGAGCACUGAUAGCACAUAUGGCUAAUGCUUUGUUACACAAGAUCCAAGUCAAUCCUCAGCUCUGGACCAAGGUACCUUCUGUGGUUUCUAUGUUCAGUAGAGAAUGUACUUGUUGUAUGUUCACAAUCAACAAUAAAGAGCUGUGUAUG